UCACCACUGCCACACCCAGCACCAGAAACCAUGGCCAUGCAGUGGAUGAUCCCCACCCAAUCAACCAUCCCGUUCACCAUUCUCGGAUUGUUAAUCCUUGUCUACGCUAUUUUCAACAUAUCAAAAAGCAAUAGAAACAAAACUAACGCCAGAAAGCCACCACCGGAAGCCAGCGGAGCGUGGCCUGUGAUUGGGCACCUCCACCUUUUAGGUGGCUCAAAGCCACCGCAUAUCACUCUAGGCAACAUGGCCGAUAAAUACGGACCAAUCUUCACCGUAAGGCUUGGGGUUCACCCAACCUUGAUUGUGAGCAGUUCGGAUAUUGCAAAGGAAUGCUUCACUGUGAACGACAGAGCCUUCGCGAGCCGUCCCAGACUGGUGGCCUUCGAAGUCAUGGGCUACAACUUUGGCAUGAUCGGCUUCAGUCCCUACGGAGCUUAUUGGCGCCAAGUACGCAAGAUCGCCACCCUGGAGGUCCUCUCCAACCAUCGCCUCGAGACGCUCAAACAUGUGAGAGAGUACGAGGUAAAGUCAGCCUUGAAAGAUACCUACGAUCGUUGGGCAGAGUUGAACAGCAGUAGUGGUCAUCAGAAUCUAGAAGCAGUGCCCCUGUCAUGCGAGAUGAAGAAAUGGUUGGGAGAUAUAACCUUAAAUGUCGUGUACAGAAUGGUGGUCGGAAAACGUUUUGCUGAGACGGAGGGGCAAGAGAGGAUCAGGAAAGCAUUGAGGGAUUUGUUCGAUCUGAGUGGGUCAUUCGUGAUAUCAGAUGCGUUGCCGUACUUGAGGUGGCUGGAUUUGGGCGGGCAAGAGAAGGCCAUGAAGAAGACAGCGAAAGAGUUGGACCAGUUUGUUCAGUUUUGGGUGGAUGAACACAGGCGCGACAGGGACGACUCUGGUUCAGGGAAGGCCAAAGCUGAGCACGGCGACUUCAUGGACGUGCUUCUUUCCAUCGUGGAUGAAGCUGAAAUGAUUGACGGCCACGAUGCUAAUGCUAUCAUUAAAGCUACAAGCCUGGAAAUAUAUUUGCAGGCCCUAAUUUUAGCUGGAACAGACACAACAACAGUGACGCUGACUUGGGCUGUGUCUUUACUGAUGAACAACCGUGAAGAUAUAAUAAAAAGGGCAGUGCACGAGUUAGACACACAAGUUGGGAGAGAGAGGUUAGUAGUGGAAUCAGACUUGAAGAACAUGCCUUAUUUGCAAGCCAUCCUCAAGGAAACCAUGCGGCUCUACCCAGCUGCACCGCUGGGUGUGGUGCACGAGUCUAUGGAAGACUGCACCGUGGCUGGCUACCACAUCCCCUCUGGCACGCGUCUCUUGACCAACCUUUCAAAGAUCCAUCGAGACCCACGAGUUUAUGAAGAUCCAUUGGAGUUUCGGCCAGAGAGAUUCCUGACUACCCACAAGAACGUGGAUCCAAGGGGCCAGCAUUUUGAAUUGAUCCCUUUUGGUGCGGGCAGAAGAAUGUGCCCUGGAGUUUCAUUUGCUCUCCACGUGACACAGCUAACACUUGCCAAUCUGCUGCACGGCUUUGAUAUUGCAACCCCUCAUAACGAACACGUGGAUAUGCAAGAACAGGUCGGGCUGACCAGCAUCAAAGCCUCGCCGCUCCAUGUCCUUCUCACUCCACGUCUCUCCCCCUAUCUUUACGGAUGAAAGGAGAUGUGGAUCGGUUUUGCGUUCUCUGGCAGCAGCGGAAGCUUAGAGGACGGUUUUAUAUACUCCCCCACUUUUUAUUUGUAAAAAAAAAAAAUCUAUUGCAUAAUUUAAAAAAAUUAAUUAACUAUAUUAAUUAUGUUCAAAAAUAUAAAAAUAAUUAAAAUAUAUUUUUAAUUUUUUAAUUUUACAUAAAAUUUUAUUUUAAUUUUUUAAUUUUAUAAAGAAUAUUUUUUAUCCUAGAACCCUAACAUUUUUAGUUUUGAAUGACUUUUUCAUGCCAAUUGUUAUUUUUAAAAAUUUAAACUUAAUAAGUUAAUAUUUGAGAUUGUUUUGUUAGUAUUUAAAAAUUCAAUAUAAAUUUUUUUGUGUGAUGAAACUAAUUAAAAGAUUAAAAAUGUACUUUUUAAAAUUAAAGGAUCAAAAUGAAACCUUAUAUGAAGUUAAAUGACUAAAAGUAUAUUUUAACAUAAAAAAAUUAAACUGUAAUACCCUUAAUUAAUUAUGUCAAUUAAGCUUUUAUUAAUUAUUUAUUAUCACUGUGAAUGAUAAAAUUGUGAGGGAUAAUUGAUAAAAUUGUGAGGGAUAAUUUAAAAAGUUUGCAGUAAUUGCAUAUUAAAAAAUGUGAUUUUAUUUAUAUAAAAAAUAAGUUAAAAGUGAUGGUUUCUUUUACAAAUAAAACUGGAGGAAAUAUCUGAUGGCUUUCUAAGACCUAUAAUUGCACUAAACAAUUUAAUUAAAUCACCGUCAAUUACGCGAUGUGUGCCUGAUUCUUAAUUUAAUAUAAUUACAGGUCAUGCAUGAAAGUCUUCAGAGUGAAGAUUUUGGUUGUUGGUGCGUAGUUCACGUGGCAUACCAUACGAGGUGCCUCUUAGGCCUUCCUUGUCUGCUUCUAUUUAGUUUCAACGUGGUGACAUCCCAUUCAAUCUUGAACAUGGUAACAUACAUACAUACAUAUAUAUAUUAAUUUUAUUUUGUUAUCAUAUUGUAUAUACAUUAAUUGGUGUAUGUAGUUUUUAUUGAAAUUAUAUUUACAUUUGAGAUCA